CUAAAAUAUCUCAUAUAAAUAUAUCAUACUUGAGUCAAUAAGUUAAACCAUAUAAACAUCCUAUCCUACACACAUAUACAAACCGGCCCGCAGGGAGAUAUUAGUUGAGAGGUUUAAAGGGUGUGAGUUUUUGCUCUUUCUUCAUGAAGCAAAGACAAGACCAAUCCAUGGUUGACACAACCUCCAACAACCACCAUGCCAUAGAUGAAGAAGAUCAUGUUGCAAUCAAUUAUAUGGUGGGUGGUGUUGUGGCUAUACAUAGCCAAGUCAAGAAAAUUAAACAAGAGUUGGAGAAAACCAUGCAUCCGGCUGCUCUUGAGCACCCGGAGAUGACAUCUGUUUUACGAGAAUUCUCAAGGCAGCCGAAGCGCUCUCGCUCGCCCUUGGGAAUUACCAACCGACCUAUCUCGGUUGGUAAUUAAUUUCUCGAAGUUUUAGAUUAUAUCGAGGAUCACAUGUUUAUGUUUUUUUUUCUUCCUUUUUAUUUUCCUUCUUUGUAGUUUGUAUGCAUGUUGUUUUGUACUACUUACUUUAGAUGUAAAUAGUUACUUUUAAAGGAUAAAUAGUAAACAUUUAUGUUUACUGUCA